UAAAUAUUGAACGGUUCUUCUUCUCUCCCAAACUAACAUUUUCUCUCUCCUCCGCAACCCGCCGCCGUAACCACCAUGGGAACACCAGAAACAUCUCGAGAACCGUGUCCUGACCGUAUCCUCGACGACUUAGGCGGUGCCUUUGCCAUGGGAGCUGUCGGAGGUUCUGUCUUCCACUACGUCAGGGGUUCAAUCAACGCCCCUAAAGGUGAACGCAUCCUCCGAGCACUCGAAACUGUACGAAUGAGUGCACCGCGUACUGGUGGUGGGUUCGCCGUGUGGGGUGGUUUGUUCUCCACUUUUGAUUGUACUCUGGUCUACAUCCGCCAAAAGGAGGAUCCUUGGAAUUCUAUUUUCGCCGGCGCGGCUACCGGUGGGUUCCUUCAGGUGCGUCAGGGUCUACGCGCCUCCGGUCGUUCUGCCGCAUUUGGUGGGAUCCUUCUUGCUUUGAUUGAAGGUGCUGGGAUCAUGCUUAAUCGGGUUAUGUCGCCGCCUGCACAGAUUAUGUAUGAGGAUCCGAGUAUGGGUGCUGGGGCACCGCAGCAGAUGGGGGGUUAUGGGUUUGGAUUUCCGGGUCAGGCGGCGAACGUUGGUGGUGGUGGGUCUGAGGAGGUGAAUCAAGGUGGUAGUGGUGGUGGUGGGUUUUUUGGUGGGUGGUUUGGUGGUGAUGGGAAGAAGGAAGGGAGUAGUUCAAGUAGCAGUGGGAGCGAAGCCACAGUUUUGGAGAGCUUUGAUACGCCUACUCCUAUGCCUAAUUUUGAUUACAAAUGAGAUGGUGGUUUGUUUUCAGGGUCAUGUGAUGAAGUUGGCAGUGUUGAUUAUGCAAAAUUCACAAAAGAAAGUAUGCUCUGUCGAUUUUGCAGUGAAUUUGACCGUAGCUGAACUUGGGUUGAGAGUUGAGAUGUGUCUUUUAUCUCUCUGUUGUAGUUGAGGGUAGAUGAGAUAGUUGAGAUUCUGGUAACAUAGCGCCUAGUUAAAAUCAAAGGGUUUUAUGAACCUCAAUUUUUUGUUGUUAAGAGUAAUAAUUGUGUUAUAAUAUAACGACACGAAUACAUCACUCGUUAGAUGGCUCCUUAUCUAUGAAUACUGUUACUGUAUGA